CCACUGGCCAAUGAGGGCUCGCGAGAUUGGACCUCCGGCGUCCGGGACUGUCACUUGGCUGCCGGCGUCGGGCCACGCCGGUGACGGCCGGAGAGUGCUGGGUCGGGGCAGGUUUUGCGGAAGGGUCUGGAGACCCGAGGUGCGGGCAGCGAGGACGUGCGGGCGGAGAUCCGAGGCACGGGCAGCCGAGCCCGGGGACCCACGGCCAGUCCCCGGCCUCAGUUUCCCGGGGUGCGGCGUGGGCGCCCCCCGAGCCACGUGCUCUCCGGCCUCCACGCCGUCCCGACGCGGCGCCCUUGACGGACUGGGAGAGAGGCCCGGAGCCUGAGCGCCCGCACCUUUCUGCAGGUUCCGAUGGCGGCGGCGCAGACAGACCCGGCGCAGGGUAUUCCACCUAUUGUUGAGCGGAGAACAGAAGCAGAGGGGCGUGGCGGUAUGCAGGGAGGAGGCUGCUGCCACAGUCCGGGCAGUGCAGGGCCUGAUGGCCUUUGAAGACGUGGCUGUGUACUUCUCCUGGGAGGAGUGGGGGCUCCUGGAUGCAGCCCAGAGGGCUCUGUACCGCUGUGUGAUGCUGGAGAACUUCACCCUCCUGGCCUCGCUGGGACUCUCUGUCUCCCGACCCCGCGUGGUCAUCCAGCUUGAGUGUGGCGAGGAGCCCUGGGUUCUCAAUGGGACAGAUGUGACCCUGGCCAGGAAUGCCCAGAGGAGGCCGAGCCCUGGUUCCCCUCAUCUGGCAGAGGACAGAGAUGUUUCUGGAGAAGCAGCAUUGCCAGGGGCCUUCCAGGACGGCCCCCCUCUGGCACCGACUAGGGUUCUCCCCAGCGCUGGUGCCUCUGAGCGUGGGAAGAGCCUGGAGGGUCGGCGCGGCGUGUCCCCCUCUCGGGAGAGGAAACCCACAGGGGUGUCUGUGAUCUACUGGGAAAGCGGUGAGGCCAGCGUCAGCCUGCGGCUGACCUCUUCUCUGCGGGCCCCACCCGGGGGGAAGGCCCUCGCGCCAGGCAAGCAGCCGAGGGCGUCGGAGCGGCAGAAGCUGUACGCACGCGAGGCCCCGGGGAGAGCGUUCCCGGGCGCCCCAGAGGCUCAGGGGGCCCGAGGCAUGGGUGAGGCUUGGCGCGAGCCUCAGAGGCUGCUCGCUGUCCCAGAGCCCCCGACCUGGGCCGAACUGGGCGAGGCCCUGCACGCUGGCCCCGGCCUCCUCUCUGGGGAGAAGCCCUUCGAGUGCAGGGCGUGCAGCAAAGUGUUCGUCAAGAGCUCGGACCUGCUGAAGCACCUGCGCACCCACACCGGGGAGCGGCCUUACGAGUGCGCGCAGUGCGGCAAGGCCUUCAGCCAGACGUCGCACCUGACGCAGCACCAGCGCAUCCACAGCGGAGAGACGCCCUACACCUGCCCGGCCUGCGGCCAGGCCUUCCGGCACAGCUCCUCGCUGGUGCGGCACCAGCGCAUCCACACGGCCGAGAAGGCCUUCCGCUGUGCCGAGUGCGGCAAGGCCUUCAGCCACCGCUCCAACCUCAGCCAGCACCGCAAGAUCCACGCCGGCGGCCGGCCCUACGCGUGCACGCGCUGCGGCCGCAGCUUCUGCCGCAACUCGCACCUGAUCCAGCACGAGCGCACGCACACGGGCGAGAAGCCCUUCGCCUGCGCGCUCUGCGGCGCUGCCUUCAGCCAGGGCUCGUCGCUCUUCAAGCACCGGCGCGUGCACACCGGCGAGAAGCCCUUCGCCUGCGCGCAGUGCGGCCGCGCCUUCAGCCACAGCUCCAACCUCAGGCAGCACCGGCUGCUGCACACGGGAGAGCGGCCUUUCCGUUGCUCGGACUGCGGCAAGGCCUUCGCCAAGGGCGCCGUGCUGCUCAGCCACCGACGCAUCCACACGGGCGAGAAGCCCUUCGUGUGCGCGCAGUGCGGCCGCGCCUUCCGCGAGCGCCCGGCCCUCUUCCACCACCAGAGGCUCCACACCGGUGAGAAGCCAGCGCGGCGGCCCCGGGCCGGCCCGCUCCCCCAGGCCAGGCCUCCUUCGGGGGCGUCGUCCGAAGGCACACUGGGGAGGGAAGCCGGGCCCACUGCCGCCUCGGGCCCAGCCACGGUUCCGAAGACGGCUGAGCCGUGAGGUCGCAGCCCUGACCUUCCCCCGCCUGUUACGAGUCCCUUCCAUGGGCACGGGGCCCCACCCUCUGCAGAGCCAGGCUGUGGAGCAGCUCUGCGCGUGCGCUGCCGUUCCCCCUGCACGUGGUGACAAGAUCUGCCUCUUGUCAGCCCCAGCUCACUCCUCCGGCCCCAGGCGGUCGCGCUGCACAAAGGUCAGGGGGAGGCCGGCACGGUGCUGCCAGCUCGCCCAUAUUUUGACUGUGCGCGCGAACGGGAAGCACUGCGGUGGGGCGGAGGUGGUCCUGAGAACUUUCUGAGGUUUACGCCCAGCCUGCAGGGUCUGUGUGGAACCUCUCCACCCCCACCCCCAGCGUAUUCCCCCAGCCCUCGGUUCAUCCAGGGCUUCCUGGGAACAGGCCCAGAAGACAGGAUGUCAUGGGGGCGGCAGGUACUGGCUUCGGACAAGUGGCUGGGCUCUGAGCCUCAGCUCCCUCCUCUAGGGGAGAGAAAAGAUUCAGCCCUGCAGAGGGCAUUUGCAGCACCCUGACAGGCAGCAUCUUGAUAAGGGCCAUUACGUGCCAACCGCCAGCGCCCGUUCGGAGCGCUGCACAGCUUCUCCUGACAGCUCUGUGAGGUGGCUGCUGUGGCUGGUAUCCCCACGUCUCUGAUGAGGAGACUGAGGCACAGAGAGGGGACGUGAUUUGCACAACAGCAGGGCCACUGGCCCAGCAUCCAGAGAGCUCACCACUUUACGCCCACACUUAGCCUGCCAGCUCUGAGGGCCGGGUGAGGCCUGCCUGGCUCCCUGCUCAUGGCAGACCCUCAGGAGGUGGAGGAGGGUGGAGGCGGGAAGUCCCCGGGUGAAGGACGGAGAUUGAGAGUGAUGCUUCCCCAGCUGUGCUGGUGCGUUCAGAGUGUGGUCCAAGCCCCAGCUUCGGCCGCGUCCUGUCGUUACCAAAGUCAGCGAUACAGGAGCCUUUCCAUCCCCACUGCCUUGACUGGAGGGGACCAUAACAACAGGUGCAGAGGAGACAAAUGGGGCUGCUUGGUUCUCUGGGGUCCAGUGGCCACGUGCCUGCCAUUACCUAAGGCUGUGUGUGGCGCCCUCCCAAGAUCCCCUCCCCAGUGUGACAUAACCCACAGGGUGGGGACACUGAGGCAGACAAGUUGGGUGGGGGCCUGGUUGGCUUCUUGUGGCCUUCAACAGACCAGCCCCAUCUCCACCUUGGGCCUCACCCGCAGGGAAGUUAAUGGUGUUUUCACUGGGGGUAAAAAAAGACUAGAACUUACGGCUUGGAAUGGAUGUACAUUGUAAAUUCUCGCACGGCACUGUGUAGGUCCACAGCCUCAGCCUCCAGGUCACGGUUCAGAAGGUUUUAACAAGACAGAGUCCAGAGAGGCUCUCUAAUAAAGGUUUCUUUUUA